AUGAGCGUGGGGGCACAAAAUAUCUCAGUAUAUAAUUCGGCUUUCCUCCGAUUGAGCUUCCUCCCCGCAUUUCACAAUCCCAACACACUCACCAUGGAUCUUUUUUCUCUUGCAGGUCGGACGGCCCUUGUGACAGGCGGUACUCGUGGAAUUGGCCAGGCAAUGGCCAUUGCCCUGGCCGAGGCUGGUGCCGACAUUGUCCUGGUUCAGAGAGACACCAGCAACUCCGUCACAAAAGAAGAAAUUGAGAAACUGGGCCGGAAAGCAACCAUCUACACAGCGGACCUUGCAUCCCAAGCUUCCGUCUCAACUCUGCUCGCCACCAUAACUAGAGACGGCCAUGACAUCGACAUCCUUCUCAACUGCGCUGGCAUUCAACGAAGACACCCGAGUCAUCUCUUUCCUCAAGAGGACUGGGAUGAGGUCCUGCAAGUCAACCUAACAACCGUAUUCACACUCUGCCGAGACGUCGGCGCAUACAUGCUCAAUCGCACCCCCAAUCGCUCCGGUCAGCGUGGAAGCAUCAUCAACGUCGCAUCCCUCGUAUCAUUCCAGGGAGGUCUAACAGUCCCCGCCUACGCAGCAGCGAAAGGAGGCGUGGCACAGCUUACCAAGGCGCUGUCGAAUGAGUGGUCCUCGAAGGGGAUCAACGUUAAUGCGAUUGCGCCAGGAUAUGUCGCGACGGACAUGAAUACAGCGCUUAUUCAGGAUAAGAAGCGUGCGGCGAGUAUCUUAGCGCGGAUCCCUGCUGGGAGGUGGGGGAAUCCAGAUGAUUUCAAGGGCUCCGUGGUGUAUCUGGCUAGUAGGGCGAGUGCGUAUGUGACUGGGGAGAUCUUGACGGUUGAUGGGGGUUGGAUGGGACGAUAA